CCGAGCAACGAGACUUACGACCAUGGUUAUUGGUUAGGGAUGAAGUGAUUCACCCUUUAGCUCUCUGUUAUUUGAAGUCAUUGAUCUCUUUCGUUGACGUCCAACCGUUGACUUGAUCCCCUUAGAUCUCCAACCUUGAGGGCAUCGGGUGGCCGCCAUUUCCACAUCUUCUCGUGCUCUCCAAGAGAAAGUGAGACCAAUAUUCUUUACGCCACCCGAUCAAUGAGAUCUUAUUCCUCACCGUUUAGCAAGUGGGCACCUACCAAUUUUUGCAAGAUUCGUGACGGAAAGAAAGGUGAUUGAGGAAGACUUCCAUCGAGAAACUUGUAAAAUUUCUUUCGGGAUAUCGGUUUACCUGCAGAUGGGUAGCAGCCAAUAUGGACAAAUCAUUCACGGACGAUUGUAGAAGAAAAUGCCAUCCCCUUGUGUCAAUACCCAUCUUCUAUGCAGAUGGGGAUGUCUUCAGGCUCUCCGUUUCCUCUGCAAUUCGUUUCCUGCGACCGUAUGGGUACAAAAACUCCUUACCUUCCAGCUCCUCUCUGUUGUCGUUGCAUACAUAUUAUGUUUUUGAGAGAUCUAAUCGGAAAUUAAGCUGUCACCCGAUAGUGGUGAAUUUUGGAAAAAGGAAUAUUGGAUAGUCGAUUUUUUCGCACUCAGUUUUGGGGCGGCUCGAUGGCUGAUGAAGAAUUGAGGCAGGAGGAUGAUGCCUACAAAGGAACGUCCGGUGGUAGUUGUAGUAACAAUCAUGGAAAUAACGGUAGGUUGACACUCAUCCCUCUGAUCGCCCUUAUCUUUUAUGAGGUCUCUGGUGGGCCGUUUGGAGUGGAGGAUUCGGUUAAAGCAGGAGGGGGUCCUCUGUUGGCCUUGUUGGGUUUUCUAGCUUUCCCGCUCAUUUGGAGUGUUCCCGAGGCACUGAUCACGGCAGAACUAUCGACAAGUUUCCCUGAAAAUGGUGGUUAUGUUGCUUGGAUAUCUGCAGCUUUUGGGCCUUUUUGGGGGUUCCAGGAGGGCUUUUGGAAAUGGUUCAGCGGUGUCAUGGACAAUGCUCUGUACCCUGUUCUGUUCCUUGAUUACUUGAAGCACUCCGUUCCGGUUUUCAGUAUGGCCAUUGCUAGAAUACCUUUCCUGCUGUUCAUGACAUUCUGCUUGACAUACCUCAAUUAUAGAGGCCUAGCCAUAGUUGGCUUUGCGUCAGUCGCGCUCGCUGCCUUCUCUCUUCUGCCAUUUCUUGUGAUGGGUGUACUAUCAAUUAGAAGGUUGAAGCCCAGAAGAUGGUUGGUUAUGGAUGUGAGUAAGGUAAACUGGAGGGGGUACUUUAAUAGCAUGUUCUGGAAUUUGAAUUACUGGGACAAAGCCAGUACUUUGGUUGGAGAAAUUGAGAACCCUAUCAAGACAUUCCCGAAGGCGCUGUUUGGGGCCGUCAUUCUGGUCAUGCUUUCUUAUUUGAUCCCUUUGCUUGCUGGUACUGGAGCUCUGGAGAUCAGCGCUAGUGAAUGGAGUGAUGGUUAUUUUGCUCAAGUUGGGAUGCUGAUUGGUGGUGCAUGGCUCAGGUCAUGGAUUCAAGUGGCGGCAGCAUUGUCUAAUAUAGGCCUUUUUGAAGCAGAAAUGAGCAGUGAUGCAUUUCAGCUGCUGGGUAUGAGUGAAAUGGGGAUGCUUCCUGAAAUAUUCUCUUACAGAUCAAAGUAUGGUACACCAACUUUGAGCAUUUUAUGCUCCGCAACUGGAGUAGUCUUCCUGUCCUGGAUGAGCUUUCAAGAAAUUAUUGAAUUCCUAAACUUCCUCUAUUCGGUUGGGAUGCUUCUUGAGUUUGCCGCUUUCAUAAAGCUACGAAUAAAGAGGCCAGAUCUUCCUAGGCCAUAUAGAGUUCCUUUCGGAACCACUGGGGCAAUUAUUAUUUGUCUUCCUCCUGCUUUAUUGCUCGUUCUUGUUAUGUGUCUCGCUUCAUUGAAGACUUUUGUUGUGAGCGCAGCUGUGAUUAUACUUGGGUUUGUUUUGUAUCCUAGCAUGGAAUAUGUGAAGAAUUACAAGUGGCUGAUGUUUGAUUCCACGGUUCUACCUAUAAGCCAAGUUCAUGAAGCUGCUCCUGCAGUCUGUGAAGGCAAGGAAGUAAUAGAUGAGGCAUCAGUAUGCCUUCUCUCUGACCCAUCUUAUGCUAAGAAGGAAGAACAUAAUGAAGAUAGCAGUAUGGAAGGAGUCUUAAAGUUGGACUAAAGCUUUCUCGAGCAUAAACAAUGCCAUUGUCCAAAUGAUAUACUUCAGUUUGUUGAAGUUGUAAAUUUUACCAUGUAAUGGGUAACGAAUUGUUUCUAUAUGUAUCUAUUUCCUUCAGUCAGCAAGUUUCAGCAUGUUGACAUUUGUCAAAUACAUGACGCAGCUUCUUUUUCCUGAAAAAGGAUUCAGUUAGUGUUUUUUUCCAUUGUUCUACCUAAACUCUUGUUGCUAAAUCUCAUUGUUAAUUCGGUAUUCUUUUUUCACUGGCUA